GCGGCGAGCGGCGGCUGUGCGCGCCCCGGCCCUAAGAGGCGGUUAGAACGGAGUGGCGCUGCGGGCGGUGUGAGGCGGCGGUCGAGGAGUUCUUUCUGGCUGGGCUGAGUGCUUGCCCUCACAGGAGACGUUUCUUCAGCCUGCAGCAGUGGUGAGCUCCGACACACGCUGGUCCCGUGGUUUUCAGUGCUGUGGGAUGAGACCUCCUGGUCAGCUCAGCCCCAAGGUUUUUCCACCAUGUUCGGAAAGAAAAAGAAAAGGCUUGAAAUUUCUGGGCCCUCUAACUUCGAACAUCGUGUCCAUACUGGCUUUGACCACCGGGAGCAGAAGUUCACAGGACUACCUCAGCAAUGGCACAGCUUGCUGGCAGACACGGCCAACAGGCCAAAGCCUAUGGUGGACCCAUCAUGCAUCACUCCCAUUCAGCUUGCACCUAUGAAGACUAUUGUUAGAGGAAAUAAGCCUCGGAAGGAUACUUCAAUCAACGGCUUGCUCGAAGAGUUUGACAAUAUCUCCGUGACUCGAUCCAACUCCCUGCGGAAGGAAAGUCCUCCCACACACCACCAAGGCAAUGCAAACCAUGUGCCAAGGCACCAGGAGGAAAAUGGGUACAUCACAUAUUCGCAGUACUCCAGUGAGUCAGACACAACAGACUAUGUCAUGGACAAGUAUAGAGACAAGACUCUCUAUGGGGAAGAGCUAGACAGGUACUACAAAGGGGGCUACGCUGCCAAGCAGAAUGGGCACAUGAUGAAGGUCACUUCCAGAGACAUCUAUUAUUCAGAAAUGACACCCCUAAAAUCAGACCUCUCCAGGUUCCUCCCAGAUUACCAUGCACAAGUGGAGGCGAAGCCCAAACCACUCGAAUAUGGAGGUCUAAAGCUGGAGUACCAGAGGAUUCCCAGUGGAUCCUCACUGGACUACAGAGACCCCUUCCCUUACGCCCUAUCCCGAGCGUCAGUGCAGAGCGAGUGCCCCAAGGAGAGGCUGGAGUACAGCGACGGCGACUGGGGGCACAGCCCAGCCAAGGAUGACUAUGACAAGAGGCCCAAGUCAUCCUACGUGGACCCGGCGAGCCCUCAGCCAACCAUGAGGCAGAGGUCCAGGUCGGGCUCUGGUCUGCAGGAGCCAGCCAUGCCCUAUGGAGCAAGUGCAUUUAAAGCACACCAGCAGGGACACUCCUACAGCUCCUACACCUACCCUCGCUUGUCUGAAACUGCAGCAGGCAUCUCCAAGGUGGAUUACGACCGAGCACAGCUGGUAGUUAGCCCACCACUCUCUGGAUCGGACACCUACCCAAGGGGCCCAGUAAAGCUACCUCAAAGUCAAAGUAAAGUCAGCUAUUCCAGCAGCAGCUACCAGUACCCUCUGGUCUACCACAAAGCAUCCCACUACCACCAGCCAUCACUCCAGCCAAGCUCUCCCUAUAUUUCCACCGCCUCCUACCCCAGCUCCCCAAGUAUCACAUCAAGUGCUUAUCCCCCGCCCAGCUGGGGCUCUUCCUCAGACCAGCAGCCCUCCAGGGUGUCCCACGAACAGUUCAGGGCUGCCCUGCAGCUGGUCGUCAGCCCUGGUGAUCCCCGGGAGUACUUGGACAGCUUCAUCAAGAUUGGGGAGGGCUCCACAGGGAUAGUCUGCAUUGCCACCGAGAAGCACACGGGAAAGCAAGUCGCUGUGAAGAAAAUGGAUCUCAGGAAACAGCAGAGGAGGGAGCUGCUGUUCAAUGAGGUUGUAAUCAUGAGAGAUUACCAUCACGAAAACGUGGUUGACAUGUACAACAGUUACCUUGUCAGCGACGAGCUGUGGGUGGUGAUGGAGUUCCUGGAGGGCGGUGCUCUGACAGACAUCGUGACUCACACCAGGAUGAACGAGGAGCAGAUAGCAACUGUCUGCCUGUCUGUACUGAGAGCUCUGUCCUACCUGCACAACCAGGGUGUCAUCCACCGUGACAUCAAAAGUGACUCCAUCCUCCUCACCAGCGAUGGGCGGAUCAAAUUGUCCGACUUUGGGUUCUGUGCCCAGGUGUCCAAGGAGGUGCCGCGGAGGAAGUCGCUGGUUGGGACGCCGUACUGGAUGGCACCAGAGGUGAUAUCACGCAUGCCCUACGGCACUGAGGUGGACAUCUGGUCUCUGGGCAUCAUGGUGAUAGAGAUGAUCGACGGUGAACCUCCCUACUUCAAUGAGCCGCCACUGCAGGCCAUGCGCCGAAUCCGGGAUAACUUACCGCCCCGCGUGAAGGACAUGCACAAGGUCUCCUCUGUCCUCCGGGGCUUCUUGGACUUGAUGCUGGUGCGGGAACCCUCACAGAGAGCCACGGCGCAGGAACUGUUGAGACACCCAUUCCUUAAGCUGGCUGGGGCCCCUUCUUGCAUCGUGCCCCUCAUGAGGCAGCACCGGCACCGCUGAAUGCAGCAACUUCUCAGGAGGAGAUUGGUGCAGGGGCCAGGUAACGGCAAGGCAGGAAUCCCUGCGGUUGUGUUGGAACCACGGGAAGGGGUGAGGAAACCUUGCGUAAGAAAACCCGCCCCACGGAAAUAACGUGGUGUAUAAAACCCAA